GGGGGGUUCGCCAUGGCUGAUGGUAGGGAUGCGCUUCGCGCUGUGCUCCGCGCCGCCAACACCCUCCUGCAGCAGCGCCGCUACCACGCCGCGCUCGCCGUCCUCAAGGGCUUCCGCAACGGGGCCGUUUAUGGAGCAAAAGUUCGUGCCCCACAUGCCCUGGUGAUGACUUUCCUGUUCAAGAGUGGAAGUUUAAGAGAGAAACUGAAAUCCAUUGCUCAAGCCACAUACACUCAUUCCCGGAACCUGGCGUAUUUUGUGUUCACCUACAAGGGGCUGAUGGCGUUGCAGUCCCGACUGCAAGGGAAAAAAAUCCCCUUUCAUUCUUUCUUUGCAGCCUGCAUUGGGGGUUGGCUGGUGUUCGGUGACAACAACCCCAUCAACAGCCAGAUCAUCAUGUACCUGCUGUCCCGUAUCCUCUUCGGCUUGUCCCGCCUGGCAGUGGAGAAGGGCUACAUCCCCCAGCCGAAGCAGGAUCCCUUCCCUCUCGUCUCUGCUCUGAUAUGGGGGACAGUUCUGUGGCUCUUCGAAUACCACCGGCAAACUCUGCAGCCUUCUCUGCGCUCCUCCAUGACCUACCUGUACGACGACAGCGACGUGUGGCACGACGUCUCUGACUUUCUCCUUUACAACAGAAGGACAGACAGCAAGUAG